GCUGAUUAAAUGUUGCCAAUCAUCAUCAGCGGUGAAUCGGGACCAUGCUGUUGCAUUGCACACUUUCUUAAAGAGUGCGAUAGGAGUAGAGAAUGCAAGCAACUGUAAACGAGCUCAGUUUAAUAGCGAGACGAAGCGAGGACCCCAGACAGAGAUCAUCUCGAGACACCUUUCAUUUUGCACCAAUAUGAAACGCCAAAAUGUCUGCCAAGCCAAACAAAUCGAGCAACAAACGCAAACGAAACGCAUAUGAAAGCGAACGAAGACAGUGCAAACCUUUGCUAUCAUUGCAAAAAAUGUUCGAACGACAAACGAAAUGUGCUUAUAAAUUAAGUUAAGCUUUGAUACUCCUGUUUACAAAUAUUGUAGUGGUCGUAGAGUUGUGCUCAUUUACCACCGAUCAAAAUCAUAGCCGAUUAACUCCUUGUUGAUGAUUCUCCCUGUCUACGUAUCCAGGAAGAAACCAAAUCCCGAAACAUUCGAGGAACUUCCAGGAAUCAGAGAGACGAUGCUGCAGGCGGUGCUGGUCGCUCUCCUAGCCUGUCUGGUGUGGGGCGGUCCGUCCACCGUCUCCCCCGACUCACAGGACAGUGAGGGAGGCGGGUCCGACUACAGUGGAACGGUACUCGCCAGCUCAGAGGACGUCACGCAGCACCUGGAGGGAGCCAUAGAUCCACAGAGCGUGACCAACCUCACAGAGGACGAACUCAGAUACCAUUACUUCCAGUCGCACGACUUUGACGGCAACAAGGCGCUGGAUGGCAUGGAGAUGCUGAAGGCCGUGCUGCACGUCGCGCCGGAGAAGACUUCAAACAUGGAAGCCACCGAAGAUAUACCCAACAGCGAUUCAGAGCAAGACCAAGGGAAUAUCAACGAUCCUUCAACAGCGCAGUUCUACGUCGGUGUGAUUGAUCGAGUUCUCGGUGAGGGAGACCUGAACAAGGACGGCUUCCUCAGCUACCCCGAAUAUGUGCUGGUCAACCGCCGGGCGCAGCAGCGGCAAAACGACGAACUCAUGCAAGAUCCGUCGUGACAGCGGCGAAAUGUGUGUGUGUGUGUGCGUGUUUUUUUUUUGCAUAUCGCCUUGUGUAUAUUGUCUGCGUGGAAACCGAAGAUGACCAUUUGAUCAUAUGAUAUGGUUGAUACCAAAGCAAAUUGGAAGUGAUUGUUAAAAAUGAUAGUAAAAGUUCAUGCUGUAUACUGUACCCACUGUGCAAAUGCAUCGAAUGGAAUGAAAUAUAUUGUGUCGACCACGACAA